AUGAAGUACUCAUUUAGCCUCGUCCUCGCGGCGCUCUCUUCCAUGGGCAGCGUCACAGCCUCGCCUGUUGACCUCGAAGCUCGCCAAACCGGCAGCACAGAUCCCUACAUGGACUCCGGUCUCCCAGGCCACACCAUCUACCUCCCCGCCGGCAACCCAACCAACGGCAAGUACCCCGUACUUGUCUGGGGCAACGGCGCCUGCAGCACCGACGGCCGCUCCAACAGCGCUCUGCUCCGCAACAUGGCCGCCAACGGCUUCCUCGCCAUCUCCGAGGGCGGCCUCAACGGCGGCGGCUCAUCCACCGCCCAAACCAUGAAAGCAGCCAUCGACUGGAUCACAAAGACUGCAGGCACAGGCCGCUACGCCAACGUCGAUGCCAGCCGCAUCAUGGCCGCCGGCUUCUCCUGCGGCGGUGUCCAAGCCGCCGACAACAUUAACGACCCGCGCGUCGACACCGUCGGAAUCAUCAGUUCGGGUCUUCUCUCCAACACCGACGCCGCCAAGUCGUGGAAGAAGCCCGUUCUCUUUGUUCUUGGUGGAACUGGUGAUAUUGCGUACCAGAAUGGCGAACGCGACUACCGCAACCUCCCUGCCGGCACUCCCUCGUGGAAGGGAAACAUCCCAGUCGGCCACGGCGGCACCCUUGGUGACGCAAACGGCGGCAAGUUCGGUCGUGCCAUUCUUAACUGGGCCAAGUGGUCCCUCAAGGGCGACCAGACUGCUGCGCAGUGGUUCAAGAACGGUUACCAGGCUGAUGGAUGGCAAGUUCAGUCUAAGGAUUUGGACAAGCUUAAGCCUGCUACCAAGUAA